AUGCAUGAAGCUCUUGUAUCAGACAUAUUUCCAGUCAAUACUACAUAUUCUGUCACCUGGAUGUGGAAAUCCAACAAUGAUCCUCUUGAUUCUAAACUACCAGACAAAUGGAGUGCCUAUUCGGCGGCUAUUUCAGCGAACAUAGAACUGGCUUAUAGAUGUCAUUUAUCACAAGUAUGCAUCGAUCAAAAUUAUGUAAUUGAUCUCAAAAAAAUGAUACAAGUAUGUACUGAUGAUACUCACCGACAGCGUCUCGUAAAACGAUGUCCUCUGUCAGACAUGGAUGACGAUUGUAUUGACUGGCGUCGUGAACGUUUUGCCUUUGAAUUGGAUCAGCAGGUAACGGAUAGUAUCCAAACAAACACAAGUGUAGAUAAUAUACAAUACUAUGGCUCCAGAUUUAUUGCUGAUUGGUUACUCAAAUUUGCUGACGGAAGCCUAAAAGUGAAGUUUGAUACAAUAUUCCCAGCCCUUGUUAAUGGCAUUCGAACUGAGGGAUACUUAAAUGGAGCAUCAGAAAAAAUAAUCAAAUGGUUGACAGAUAAACUUGAGGAAGUGAGAGAUAAGGUGCAAAAGAAAAAUGAAUUCAAACGUAUUACAUACUUGUCGAAAUGUUGUGCAAAAUUAUACACGAAAAACUGUUUCCUAUUUCGGCUUAUAAAUAUAACUCUUCGAGAAGAUGAUCGUACAAAAUUGAACACACUUGGGCCAUAUUGUUACCUUGUUUAUAACUAUAUAGGUUGUUACACUCAUGAUUUCUUAUCUGUGCGACAUCGUCUUCUUCGACACUUUCGUAAUGCACAACCACGUUCGCUUGUUGUUUAUCGAGGGGAUUCUGUGCCGAAACAAAAGCUUGAUGAAUAUCAACAAGCAGCUGGACAACGUCACAAAUAUUUCAAAUGGCUUUCUUUUGUUUCAACCUCAUAUAAACGUGACGUAGGGGAAUGUUUUGCACGCAAUGUAUUGUAUAUUAUUGAACUCAAAGGAGCCGUGUCGAAUGAUCAAUUUGCUGAUUUAUGCGACAAUACAUUUAUGCCAGAUGAAGAAGAAGUACUGUUGCGCCCUGGUGUUCGAUUUCAGGUGAAAAGCGUCACUUUCGAUUCCGAAAGAAGUUUGCAAUUAAUUAGCAUAAAAAUCGUACCAUCGUAUAUAUCAUAUUUAAGAUAG